UUGAGGAGCUGUCUGAUUGCCCACCGGCGCAACUCUAUCCAUCCGGCGUCUAUUUUCUCAACACCAGCACCACCGAGAUCGCACGCCAUAUGCUUCCUGCAGGCUUGAACCGCAAGUUAAUCGCCCCUCUUGAAAACGCUCCAAGUUCGGAAUUGCAUCCACAGCCAUCGCUCUCCUCGCCGCUGAUACAUUACAACGACACCCUUGUGUCCUUCUACGAUCAAGUCAUCUGCACCACUUCCACCUUCGUGGACAGCAUCGAGGACAAUCCUUUCCGCGGCGUGCUCAUGCCGCUGGCACUGCGCUUUCCCGCGGUUUUCGAUGCCGUCCAAGCGGUGUCAGCAAGGGUGCUGACGCUGCGCGAGCCAAGGUUUCACGACACGGCGUUGCAGCUGUACUCGACGUCUCUAAGAAACCUGGUGGUUACGAUAGACCGAUUGAUAGAGAGCGAGAGUGGGCUUCAAGAAGCUGGUGCGUUAUCGCUGCUUCUGUGUUGGUUUGAAAUCUCCAACGACAGUAAAGGGAGGUGGAUCAGUCACUUCACUGGUCUCAUGCAUUUGCUGGUGCCUUGCAAGUGCUCGCUCAGCUCGGCCUUUUCUUCCUUCUUUGUGGAUUAUUUCCUGUUUCAUCUUGUGAUUGCCAGAACUGUCUCUACCUUGGAAGACGUGAGUUCGACUUUCCAAAGUCAGAUGCAACAACACACGCCGGAGUUCGAGGCCGACUGCCACACAAACAGCGUAGGAGCCGAAAAUUCCAGGCCCCCGGCGCCGUUAUCCAGCCUGGAACAACUGCUUCUGCCAUCGAGUCCGUCGAAGAUGACCACCGUCCUUUUCAGUUGGAUCGAUGAGCGUGAUCUCUACGAGAUCAAUACUUACAAAGGACUGAGUGACGGCUUGCUACUCCUUAUCAACCAGAUUGCAGAUCUAGCUUUCCCUGCCAACAGAGAAGAGAUCCCUAAGCACCACCAAGACGCCGUGGCGCUCAGAGACUCCCUUGAACGUCUGCAACAGCGGCCUCCACUUCACCUCGACCUCCUCUACCUCCACCACAAAGUCACACUGAUACGAUCGCGCAUCGCCACUCGCACGUCCGCAUUGACUCCACUGGCCUCGGAGCCAGAAGUCUGCAGCCUUCUCAACCGUCUUCUAGAGACUUUCGAGGCGACACCAGACUUGACCAAGCUGGCGGCGAUUCCCUUGUGGCCUCUGUUCACCGCGGGGUGUAGCGCGGAGGGGGAAGACUCGCGGGUGCGUGUGCUGGGCAUCUUUGCGUGUGCCGAGAGUCACGCGCGCUUUGGCAACGUGCCUACGACCCGCCUAGUGGUGGAGCAAGUGUGGCGCGAGCGCGAUCUCGGUGUUGAUGAGCCUGUAUUGCCCGUGCGAAAGUACAAGCGGACUGCGGGCGUUGCAGAAGGAGGCGCAGGCGGGAGGAAAGAUGGUCGUUGCGUGUGGCAGUGCGUCGUAGAUAUUAUGGCUGAUGACAGAGGCAGCCUGACGUGAAAUUGUUCAGCAAGACUCCCCGCCGCGCCCAAGCUGUGACCUUUGCUUAUCCAUUCCCUUGUAUUCACCCGUUACAGCAUCGCAGUUCAGUAAGAUACGGUUAGUGCGAAACAUCGAGACGCAGCUAAAGCCGAAUUACGGGCGU